CUCGGGUGUCCUGUGUUUUUUCUCUCUCUAUCUCGCUUCUUUCUCUGUCUCUCACCCUCUCUAUUCGUUGACUGGUUGCUAGAUGCGCGGCACGAUCCCCUAUGCAUGCUGCUAGGCAUCGAACUCGAACGUGCAUCUUUUAGAGCAUUGGCUUUUUAUUUCACAUACGUAAAUACUUCGUGAACGUUGCGCGUUUGUGCUUUGAUUCUCAUCUCCGGAGAUUUGUUUAUAUUGAGACCAAUGUGAACAAAUAAUAUGAAAUUCAGCUUUACGUUCGAAUAAUAUGGAUAUAAAGCACAUCAUAUGCGAUAAGUGCUUCAGACCUAUUCUCGAGCCAGGACCUUACGCUCCGAACGAAUCCCACGAUAACCCAUACAUCACAUACUGCAAUCAUGUGUACCAUUUUGGAUGCGUGAACCGACUUUACUCCGAUAGCCACGAAGUGAACGAGCAAAAAGUACGUGUCGUCUCCUGCGUACAUCCAGGAUGCAACACGAAAUUUUCCGGGUAUCAAUUUUCACGAAUUGAGAUUACGACUCGCAUCGAACCAGUCGCGCCGGCUUUUGUUGCUCGAAUAUCGGAAUUAGAAAACCAAUUAGGACUCACGCAGGUUAUGAACACGAGAAUGCAGAAUCAUGCAGCAGCAAUGACGGAAGAGCUGAUGGCUCUUCAGACUCGUAACCAAGAAUUGCAGAAAAUACUAACGAACACGGAGAUUCGUUGCAACCAGUUGUUAAUGGAUCAACGUAUUAGCAGUUUCUUUCAUGGUGGUUGUAAUCAGCAGCAGUUUAUCACUCCUCAACCUAUUUUUGGUCUGCCACCCCCGAAUUCCACUUCAGCAACUUUCGAGAUCGCAAAUCCUUGGUAUCGUGCUCCUACAGUUCAACCUUUCUCGACAUUAUCUCAUAAUUCAGAAUCAGCUAUGCAACCUGAACUACAACCAAUCACGAUGGAUUCAACAGACGACUCGUUCGACCUAUCCAGUAAUUCGACUUCUGAUAGGAAUGUUGCUAAAGUGUCUUCAGUUUUAAAAAUUCCCAAAGUUUCUAAGAAAAAUCACAGCGAAUCCUCGAAAAUCCAAAAGGCACUUCGACGCAAACGUGCACGAAAACAAAAACAACGUCAAAAAGAUGUCGUCAUGGCUCCCGUCGUCAUACCCAAACCGAGCCCUCCGCAGCCAAAAAGGAUGCGAAAUAGUUCGGCAGAACUAGCUUCAAACCAUCGUCGCUAUAAUCGAAGAUUUGGAACCGAUUCCGAAGAAAUUAGACCGUUUUACCCGAUCAAUUCGUAUCCGUUUUAUUUCACCGCUGCUGCACACGAACUACACGAAGAAGAAUACCGCGUCGUUCUAUUUGCACACGAUAUUCUUCUUGUGGGCGAUGGACACGCAGUUGGUAUGGCAGAGCGUUUGGUACGUGGAAAACCAUAUGAAAACACUCUUGAUACGGAAAUGUACAGGAGAGAUAUGUCUAUUUCGGAUUUAUUAAAUCUCUUAAACAGAUAUAAAAAAUUACCGAAACGUAUCAUGUUAUCGAUAGGUAAUUUUGACGUGGUUUGCAAAACUUCCCACGCAGAUUUUUUCAAUCAAAUGAUGAAAUUAUUGAAUUUUCUAAAAUCGCAUAAUAUCACUGAUUUGUUCCUCCUUCCUUUGAUAAAACACCCUGGCCAGGAUGAACGAACGUUCGCCGAAAUUGAGCAAGUAUUCGAUUACGACUGGGGUAUAUUAGCGGGGGUAAGAUGUAUGAGACUGAAUUCAAUUUUCAAGGAAUUGCAUGAAUCUCAUCCAAAAGUAGACGAGUAUGGUCCAUUUUAUGAACGGAAUCAAUACGAAGACGUAAUUCUGAGUAUUAGAGAAUUAUACGUCCCUCUUCCAGUGAGAUUACAACGAAAAAUAAACCGAACUCAAUCAUCUCUCGAUCAAGACGUCGAGAUUAUCGAACAGACGAAUAACCAGCUCGACUCAGAGUCGUUGGUCAAAAUUGAACAAGAGGAGCCGUUGGUCAAAACUGAACAAGAGGAGCCGUUGGUCAAAACUGAACAAGAGGAGCCGUUGGUCAAAACUGAACAAGAGUUGUUGGUCGAAACUGAACAAGAGCCGUUGGUCAAAAUUGAAAAAGAGCCGUUGAUCAAAAUUGAAAAAGAGUUGUUGGUCAAAAUUGAAAAUCAAACUGAUGAGCUUUAAGCUCAACUGGUUGAUAAGAUGGAAGUCAGACACGUGACGACUCCGAGAUUUUUUCAGAGAAUUAGUCAGAUGUGGUUUGGACAAAUUUUGGGAGGGGGAGUUGAAAACAAAAAUGUUGAAUCACACUAUAGGCAACUUUUUUUGGACUUUUUUUUGCGUUUGGGUUGAAAAUGGGCUUAAUCGAUAAUUUAGACCCUAAAACAAAGAACAGAGUGAGUUUCAGUGGCGUAAAUACGGGGGAGGGGGGUAUUCUAUCGCAAGGUUCACUGGCACCUUUUUUCGUGGUUUGUUUAGACGUUUAGUCGAAAUCAAAAUUUUCUCAAUUUUUGUCACCAAAUUGUUCCCAAUUUUUUUCACCAAAUUGUUCCCAAUUUUUUCACCAAAUUGUUCCCAAUUUUUUCUACCAAAUUGUUCCCAAUUUUUUUCAUCAAAUUCUUCCCAAUUUUUUCACCAAAUUCUUCCCAAUUUUUUUCACCAAAUUCUUCCAAAUUUUUUUCAUCAAAUUGUUCCCAAUGUUUUUCAUCAAAUUGUUCCCAAUUUUUUACUCCAGAUCCUCCCUCCAGGGUUUUCUCAGCUAAUUGAGAAAACGUGGUUUUGAACAAAUUUUUGAAGGGGAUUUGGAAGUUUAAUAAUUCAAAAUAGUCAAAAACGAUGCCUUCAUACGGUUAUAAAAAAUUAAAAUAGUUUUAUUGCAAGGCUAAUUGGCACCUUUUUUCGAUUUUUUUUUUUUAGGCAUUUAGUCUUUGAAAAUAGAAUUUAAAAAGAACACAGAACAUUAGGAUUUUUGCAACAGCACAUAAUACUCACAAAAAUUUGAAAAUUUCUUGUGAUCCCUCCCCCCCUCCAUCCACCAACCGAAGAACCAUAAUCUGCUCAAUAGAAAAAUAAUUGAAAUUGCCAAGUCAUGUCAUUCAGAGAAUACAAACUUUUUAAAUCGAUUUCAUUAAAAAUCAAUGUCAGUUAAAGUAAGUACUUAAAUAUCCUCCAACUCCCAACCAGUCUUCGAAUAAUUCUUUGCCCACAUGGAGACAAACCGCACCCAAUACUUGAUUUUUCUGAAACGUGCCUAUUCUGGAAAUUGAAAAGGCAUUGAUAAAAAUAAAUGAAUCCCUCCGGUUAACCUAGAUUUUUGAAAGCUGGAUUUGUUGACCUUUAAGGUAAAUUUAUACGUAAAUUUUUGAGAAGUCAAAAAAUGUCAUUUUGAAAAAUUGCUUCUUUCUCAAGUUGAAUGAGCUAGGAGUGGUAAACUGCGAAAUGGACAGAAAAUUCAACUAAAAUUGUAAAUAUUAACAGCUAUAUAACAAGAAUAAAAAGUAUUUUUAAGACAUAAUAAACUUAAGUAUUUUCAAAAACUAUUCCUUUCGACUCUCAUCCGUGUAAACAAAAAUUUGUUAUUCAAGAUUGAUAGUUCAAAUUACAUAAGUAUUAAAUUUUAUUCUUUCGUAAUUAAUAUUUACCUCUAAAUUGUUUCCAUUGAAGUCAAAUAUCGAGAGUUGAAUCUUGGUUCUUUUUCAGGGGUCAUAAUAAAAAAAUUCUCCGUUGUUUUACUAAAAUAAUACAUGUAAUUCAUUAUUUUAUACAACUACCCAAUGAUUGUUUGUUAUAUUUGAAUUGUUCAUCUUUUAGUGUUAAGUUAAGCUAGACUAUCUAUAAUACGACCAAAGGUGUUCUUAUUUUAAGUUUCAUAAUUAUAUCUGUUUUGUAAUUUCAUCACAAAAUACAAAUUAUGUACUUCGUUAGU